AGGCAUGUGAGAAAAGACAAUGGUCUUUGGUCCGUCAUACCGCUGGCCUGUUAAAGAAAAGAGUUGAAGAUUUAGCUGAAGUUAGUAUUGAUAAAAGAUUCUGGUCGGCAUUUCCAUAUUGUUCUUAAAGAGACAAGCUUCGUAAUACCUGCGUGUAUAACAUUUCAUUUUAAUUUAGUCUGUUACGGAUCUUCUCGUGCGGGAGAAACAACUGACAAUUGGACUGCCAAAGGUUACCACUGAACGAGUGAUUGAUAGGUAAAAGAAAGUCCCAGUUAUAUAUCUCCCAUGCAGGUAGUCCAGUUAUAUAGUAAAGCAUAUACAAACUCGAACCUAAGGCAAGUUAUUUAUAUUCGUGCUGCAAAGAAAGAAUGGUAGUAUAUGUAAAUAGACAAAUGGUGAUUUGUUAGACAAAGUAAAGAACAAUAUCGUCAUCUUUUUAAUACAAAAUUGUUCUCUUCCUUAGGCCAUUACCACCAGACGAACUUCACAGCAUUAUUUUCAAUAUUUGUGCAGAAGACAGCUGUAAUGCUGUUCUUACUCAGGUAAUCUUUUGAUUCGUUGUAUGUCAGGUGAACAACGUAGUCUUUCAUAGAUAUAUUCAGUGUUUCUAUAUAUAUGUUCAAACUGUGUUACGUUUUUUCCCUCUUAUUUGAAUUAAAUUAUUUUUUUAAGGAAUUGCUAGUGUAUCUAGCUAUGUUUAUCAGAACUGAACCACAAUUAUUUAAAGAAAUGUUGAGAAUAAGAGUUGGAUUAAUUACUGAAGUUAUAGCUUCCGAAAUGGGGCGUCUUUUAGAGGGAAGUAAGUUAUUAUAUUUGUUUAUAAUAUAGCAUUUGUAAAUUCUGAACGCUGAUUGGCUAAGAGCCGUGUUGAUAUAACUCAAUGUCAACACGGAAACGUCGGAAAAUUUAUUUCUUUAUAUUUCUUUGUGCUAUAUUAUAAAAUUCUAUUCUCGUUUUUCCAAUUUCCACUCGUGUUGAUGUAACUGUAUAUCAUCGAAGAAUUUAGUGUAAUAUUAGCCUGAUUUAAGUUACUACCAUUCCUGCUUUUUCUAUAUUUGUACAGAGGUUAAUUUUGACUACAUUUGUCUAUUUAACUCCAUAUAAAAAUACCGCACUAGGAAUAAACUAAAAAGCAGGAAAAACAGCAACUUAAACUUGGCCAAAAUUACACUAGAUACAUCGACAAACUUCGAUUUAGCACCAGCGAUUGCGGCAAGUUGCAAACGAUCUACCAUGAUAUUCUUAGAUUUUGCGAUUUACCUCAUCGCGUUGUACAAUCUACUGUUUACAGUAAAGCCAUAUUUCAAAGUGAUAUGUAAAUUUUUAUGGAAUUAGAAUAAAUUAUGUCCGGGAUUUCUGGCCAUGGAGAUUUCAAUUUAUUGAGUUUCUCCCUCAUUGGUGAGCGUAUUUCCCAACAGGCUAUUGCCCAAUUGAUAGGGGAUCCGAGAUACUUACGAUUUUAACGUCCUUAUCCAAGAAGACGCGAGAGUCUGAGCAUGUACUGAUGUCAAUGUAAAGGUAGCUCUUUCUCCUCAUUUAUUUUAAGACCUUGAGUAAAGGUCCGACCAAGGAUUGAAUUCGGGUCUUCCAGCUUCAAAGGCAAGCGUGGUGACCACGACACCACUGCUGGUAAAUUUCCGAAGUAGGAAGUAUAUACUGAAAAACAAGGGGAGUAAAGUUUGCCCUCCUCCCAAAAAGUUGUUAAUGGUAAUUAAUUAAUGGUAUAAAAUGUACUUAAUGUGUAUAAAAUUAUUUCAGGCGAGAAUUGUGCUUCAAAGUUGUUCAAAUAUUUCAGGUGAUGUGGAACCAGAAGACAUUCCUGAAUUAUUUAUGAAUCUCAGUCCAUUUGAAAUGAAAACUCUUCUUUAUCACAUUCUCAGCGGCAAGGAAUUUAAUGUUUCCAGAGGUAACUACAACAUUUACAGUAGACUUUUGACAACGCGGUUAUAUUUUAAUCUUAAUCCUUUGGUUAUGGCAAAGUGUUCGUUUUAAGUGCACUAGCUUGAAAAAAGUGUAGAUGCUGAUUCUAUUUUGGCAUGUCACGCCAUUGGUAUAAUAACGAAAAAUUAAUAAAUAACGAAAAAUUAACAGCGAGCGGCUCUUUGAUAAGAGAAAUGAAAGUUGGACGCGGUCUUUGAUGGCGUCUCGCUUCCUCCGUUGUGGUUAUACCUCUGUGUCUGAAUUAACAGUAAUUUGAGAUUUUUCACCCAGACACAGGUGCAGUGGCUGACACUAAGGGAGGGGGGGGGGCUGAGCCCCCCCCCCCCAAUAAUUUAGAAAAACUGUAAAAAUCUUGUACCAAAUUUAUAUAUAACACAAAUCACACUCAUAUAACGUAAUUGUCAUCAUAAUAUAAUAAUAUAUGUUUCUGUACAUGUCACAACAUACAUAUUUUAUACACUCUUUGACGGAUACUAUAGGGGGUCAACUUUUUGCAACAGGCACUUCUUUUUUUACAUUGUCAUUGGCGUGUUAAUUAAAUUAAACCACCUUGCAAUUCCAUUCACAAAUGUAAAUAAUCAUGUAAAUAUUUUGUUUAAAAUGUUGGUUUUCUAUGCUUAGCAUGUGAUUUAUAACAAAACGCACCAUUAAAACGGUGUUUUGAAACCCUAGUUUUUUACAAAAUGUGUUCUCAGAAUGCUGCAAAUGCCAUUUCCUGGAUUCAAGUUUUAAAAUUUUUCCCGUGCCCUCCCCCCAGUAUUUCGUAAAGUGUCCGCCACUGCAUACGUGGCUUCUACAGAGAUUCUUGUGGAGGAAGCCAAGUAGCGUCAUCAUUCCUUCUAUUUUUGGCAACACUUUAACUGACAGAAGGCCUGCGCAUUCUAGUCAGAUUAUUACCAGUGUCCGGGUUAUUUUCAACAGCCAAUUAAGCUUGCAUACUCCUUGUCCACACAUUUGAUGUGGAAAGGUUGAUUAUUAUCAGUGUCCGGGUUAUUUUCAACAGUCAAUUAAGUUUACAUACUCUUCAUCCACACAUUUGAUGUGGAAAGGUUGAUUAUUAUCAGUGUCCGGGUUAUUUUCAACAGUCAAUUAAGUUUACAUACUCCUCAUCCACACAUUUGAUGUGGAAAGGUUGAUUAUUAUCAGUGUCCGGGUUAUUUUCAACAGCCAAUUAAGUUUACAUACUCCUCAUCCACACAUUUGAUGUGGACAAGUUGAUUAUUAUCAGUGUCCGGGUUAUUUUCAACAGUCAAUUAAGUUUACAUACUCCUCAUCCACACAUUAUUUGAUGUGGAAAGGUUGAUUAUUAUCAGUGUCCGGGUUAUUUUCAACAGUCAAUUAAGUUUACAUACUCCUCAUCCACACAUUUGAUGUGGAAAGGUUGAUUAUUAUCAGUGUCCGGGUUAUUUUCAACAGUCAACUAAGUUUGCAUACUCCUCAUCCACACAUUUGAUGUGGAAAGGUUGAUUAUUAUCAGUGUCCGGGUUAUUUUCAACAGUCAAUUAAGUUUACAUACUCCUCGUCCACACAUUUGAUGUGGAAAGGUUGAUUAUUAUCAGUGUCCGGGUUAUUUUCAACAGUCAAUUAAGUUUACAUACUCCUCGUCCACACAUUUGAUGUGGAAAGGUUGAUUAUUAUCAGUGUCCGGGUUAUUUUCAACAGUCAACUAAGUUUGCAUACUCCUCAUCCACACAUUUGAUGUGGAAAGGUUGAUUAUUAUCAGUGUCCGGGUUAUUUUCAACAGUCAAUUAAGUUUACAUACUCCUCGUCCACACAUUUGAUGUGGAAAGGUUGAUUAUUAUCAGUGUCCGGGUUAUUUUCAACAGUCAAUUAAGUUUGCAUACUCCUCAUCCACACAUUUGAUGUGGAAAGGUUGAUUAUUAUCAGUGUCCGGGUUAUUUUCAACAGUCAAUUAAGUUUACAUACUCCUCAUCCACACAUUUGAUGUGGAAAGGUUGAUUAUUAUCAGUGUCCGGGUUAUUUUCAACAGCCAAUUAAGUUUACAUACUCCUCAUCCACACAUUUGAUGUGGAAAGGUUGAUUAUUAUCAGUGUCCGGGUUAUUUUCAACAGUCAAUUAAGUUUACAUACUCUUCAUCCACACAUUUGAUGUGGAAAGGUUGAUUAUUAUCAGUGUCCGGGUUAUUUUCAACAGCCAAUUAAGUUUGCAUACUCCUCAUCCACACAUUUGAUGUGGAAAGGUUGAUUAUUAUCAGUUUCCGAUUUGUUUUCAACAGCCAUUUGUUUUCGUGUGGUAAUUUCCUUAAUCGGUAUAAAUCCCUUACUGUAAACUCCACGUUCUGUGACUCAUUUUAGAUUCGCGGAGAGCACUGACUGACAGACAAGUUUCUUUUAUGAACAUUGACUUACCAAAAAGAGUUGGAAUUAAGAAACUAAAGAAAACAAUAAAAGUACGUUGAUUUGUAGCACAAUUUCUUUAUAAAACGUUUGUAUUUACUCUUUAUCCAGGUAACAGGUAACAGAUUACGAUAUAUAUGUGUGUCAUCUUCGAUAAAAGAAUACUUUGUUGCCCCGCAUUUAUUAGGUGCGAUAUUCUUCUUCUGAUGGAUGUGAACGAGUCAAUGAGCUGUGAACAAAAUCGCGAUGGAAAUCGCAGCAAAUAUUGCAAAUGUAAACUGGCCUUGAGGAAAUCUAAUAUCUAAAUGUCUUGAAAGUUUCGUCUUUUCUGCAUAUUAAAUAUCCUUCCCAGGGGCGUAGGAAGCAUCAACAGAUUAGGGAGGCCCGGUUUCGAGGGGCAUUUUUGGAAUGGAAAGGGCACCUGACAAAUUUUUCCCGGAAGUGUUGGCGAUGGGGGGGGGGGGAGGGAAGGCAAAAUGCAAUCGGAACAACAUUUUUCUCACGAAGGCAAAGGGCACUUUGCCACCGGAGAGAGGGCAUGCACUUUUUGUGUUUUCUGAAAAUCUGGGGCCUUGCCCCCCCCCCCCUGUUCCUACGCCCCUGAUCCUUUCUACGGCAACUCAACAUGCGUUCAUUCUAUUUUGUUCAGAGUAUGCAUGCGAGAAGGUCAACUGACUUACUGAAUGAUAACAGUGAACAUGAAUACAAUCAUAGCCUGGGAAGACUUGGUGUUUGGAUCAGACGGAGACGGGUUGAUGGAGCUUUAAACAGAAUUCCUGUUGAUUUUUAUCCCAAACUUUGGAGGAUUUUUGAAAAGGUGAAUUUUUUAAUUAAACAGCUUUUUAUUCAAUAUUCCAUGACAAUAUAAGAGGGUUUUCAAGGGAACGAAGCAAUUCUGCACACAGUUUAAGUUUUUAUCCUACUUACAAUAAUAUUUUUAUCUAUAGUCACGCUACCAUUGAAAGUUCUUAUGUUUUCAGGUAGAUUGUUUCAUGCACAUAAUAAAUAAGCUAUUCGAUUUGUAAUUUAGCACUUACGAUUUAAUAGAGCUUAAUCGGCUUCUUUUCCUUUACAGUGCACAGCGCUGUCCAUUGAAGGUCAUUUUCUACCUAACACUAUCAUUCAAGAGGUUUGUAUUAAUAACAUAUCAUUCAACAUUCUAUACGGUAAAGAUUUUAACAAACGAACUUUUUAAAUCGAUUUUAUACAGGUUCUAAAAAUCUAUUGAAACUGACUUGAAAUAUUACAUGUUCCUCAUCCAAGAACGGUUUUAAAUUGUCCGGGAAAUACAGUAUUUUGUCCUGAAAUUGGAUAACAUUCCUUGCUAUAUGAAAUGAGUCCAAAUCCCGCGAAUAGAGGAUUUUCGUGGUCUCGGAGUGACAAUUCCUACAUAUACUACUAAUUAAAUCGAUUUUAUACAGGUUCUAAAAAUGUAUUGAAACUGACUUGAAAUAUUACAUGUUCUUCGUCCAAGAACGGUUUUAAAUUGUGCGGGAAAUACAGUAUUUUGUCCUGAAAUUGGAUAAAAUUCCUUGCUAUAUCGCGAAUAUAGGAUUUACUACUACUAUUUUUGUCUUUUUCAAAAUUAAUGAGCAAUCUCGUUGACAUUGUGUGUUUUUUAUAUGUAGAUGACACCAGGAGAAAUGAAGUUUGCUCUGCGUGUAGAAAGUGCAUUAAAUUGUAUUCCUCAGCCGGAAUAUCGUCAGUUAAUGGUUGAAGCUCUCAUGAUUUUAUCUCUUGUUGUUGAAACGUAUCCUGAUCAAAUUCUAGGCGAGGUCAUAGCGGUUGAUGAAAUAGUCAGGGAAGCUCAUAAUCUGUUUCUUCGUGAUCAGGUACAGUAUAUUGCACAGUAUUCUUCCGACGUAGAUACAAUACAAGCGCCGUUG